AUGGACUUCAUGAUAAUUGAUGAUACCGAAGUAAAUUUCAAUGCACUCCUUCCGUAUUACGGUAUGGGUGUAUUAUUUGCACCCAAUCUUCCGAGUGGCAUCGCAGCUUCCGACUACAUGAUGGUGCGCUCUUUCAAUGACUGCCAGUACACCACAACAACCUGCACUGACACUGUUGGGUGCCACAGAAUGACGCGACCCGCGCAUCUUCCCCCUCCUGGCAAAUACUGGCUUUGUCUGACCUCAAAUGGCUGGAACUCCCAAUACCUUCUGUGGGGUGUGGAAUCUCUUGAGGUGAAGGUGCUGUUGGCCACGCCGCUGUACUUGACAGCUGGUACAGACAGAAAAGUCGUGCUGCAGGAUGCGGAGUCUGUGGUCAGUGUGCCGGGGCGUGUUUUCCUGGCGCCAUGCCCUGGCAACAACUGCCCCCUUGUGACUACUGGCAGUGGGGAAGAGGUGGUGCACCGUGAUGCGUGUGUGAACACCUCCGUCUCGUCGCGGGUGUACCUGUCCGACCUCCGUGUGCUCUCUGCAGAAGCAGGCGUGUACGCUGUGUGUGUCGAUGAUGGUGGUGAUGGAGAGUACACUGCUCCCGCUGCGCUGCCGGUGACGGUGCUGGAGAAACCGUUUGCCUUCAAGAUAGCUUCUGACACGGACAAGAACACUGUUAAUAUUGGUGUUGGGGGCGGUGACCUCAAGUGGCGCAGAGAGCCGUACACUGUGUGCGCUGUGCCGCAGAGUGACACUUGUGAUUCCGUGUCUGCUGGGCCUCGUAUGUGCGUGAAUAGUGAGUUGCCGUGGUCAUCAUCUGUGUUUAUGAAUCUCACCGGCAGGGGUAUGUUUGUUAAGGAUAUGAGGUUCUGCUUCAUUGCAGCCAACGUGACGAUCGGAGGACGCACCUACACACAGAUGCAGAAUAUGUUAGAGGAUGACUGUGAGCCGACCACAAGAUUGUCCGCUGGAGCCAUUGCCGGGGUUGUUAUUGCCGGCAUCGUUUUAUUAAUUGUUCUGGUUGCCGCUGUGGUGUAUGUGUUGCAUCAGCAACGAAAGAACCGAAGAGUGUCGCUGGACUCUGGCACACGACCCUCGCCGGCGGUGCCACACUCUGUGCAGAAGAAAUCAAAUCCCCUGACAACUGUUUCUGUUGGUACUUCCCCGCACACACACCCACCCACGCCUGUUCCUCCCCAAGGCGAUGGUGCUGCCCAGGUGCCUGUUGCUGAGCAGCCCAGCAACACAGCGGAGCGGCACAUGGACCCCACAAAUAUACCAGAGGUGAUGGACGGGAAUUCAGUUCCUUUGGUAGAUACACAAGAGGGCGAUGCGACAAAUACAACAGGAAUUAUUGCAGCUGCCAAUAAUAGCAGGCGUGACAACAAUGCGGAGAAGGUGCCGAUGGCUGAUAUUAUUUGUGAGGGUCCCUCUAAUGAAAAUGUGCUGGGGAGGACAACAGAGAAUGCUGAGGUUUUUCACACCAUUCUACCGAAUAGUGGGGACGGUGGCGUUCUUCAAACAGCUGCUACUUUUCCUGAACGCAAAGCGACCGAAGAAAUACCUAAUGAAUUGUCUGUCGAAAGACCACGCGUGGAGCGCCAAUCAGUAAGUGUGUCGCAGGCUCCCUCUCCUCCCAGUGCGAAAUGUGGGGCGCCAGAAGGCGCAUCCUACCUCCCACUGACGGAAGAAAACUUGUCUUUCUUUCGUCCGGAGAAGAUGGUAAUCACCCACCCUUUUGAAUUGCUUAGGGGACUGGAGGAGUGUGGGGAGAACUACCCCGAGUGGGCCGAUGUUUUUUACCAGAAGUGCUUGGAUGAGGAGAGGAGGAAUCAUCAGCGUAUACAAGAUUGGCUGAAAACGCAGGUAAAGAAGGCAUGA